AUGGCCGAUUUGGGAGAUGACGUCUCCACCAGCGGCAUCAUGGAUUGCCUGUACACUCUCUAUGCGGGAUCCAAUGAAGGUGGCAUCAUUAUUGACCCCACCGUGUCAGAUUCCCCGGCGUUGGUUGUUGCCACAUUUGGAAAACCACCUGCCUCACCUGCAGUUGUUUUGGAGCAUACAUACGAUGAAGCGUUCUUCGUGAGUGACUUGAUGAAGACAUAUCCGUUCUCCAAGUUUAUGUUGGUAACCUACACAGAUGAAGCUACACCGGCUUCAGGGCCAACUUAUGUGGGGGCGCCAAGUGAGGGAUGGUUGGAACAACUUCCUCCGCAAUUUUGUUGUUUAAAUCUCUUUCGGUUUCAACGUCAUGUCAUGUUUGCCCCUCUUGUGUGCGAAGUCAACGACUACUGGAUCCGUGAAUUGCGGGAGUUGUCGUACAAUCUCCAUAACCCCCAGCAGCUUGUGGUGCAUCUGUUUCUUCGUACGGGGUUCCGGAUCAAGCUGGAGGCCUUAUGUCAUCUUGUUGCGGAAUGUCACUGGAUUGGAAAUGAAAACCUUGUUGCGUUGCUGCUUCAGCGUAUGGCGGCCUGGACAGACAAGGACUCACAAACAUCCUUCACGGAUCCCUCUUCAGCAGUGUCUGGCACCCUGCAAGUACGCUGCAAAGCGCACCUUGAAAGGGUGUGUCAUUUCUUUCCAAAAUACGGCAUGCUGGAGUUGGGGUUUCGCAUAAAUGGCGUGACUUUACCCCAAGAUGAUUAUGGUGCCGAUGUCCGUAGGGAUCUGUUGCCAAAACAGCAGCUACAGAAAAAGUCACCGCUUUGGUUGUUGGUUCUUCAUGCAUGCGGUAGCGGUAGAACCCGUCGCUCUAUGGAUGAGGUCCAAUGGCUGCUGGAGCAACUCACCUUGGACGAUGUUGUAUUUGUGUCCCUGGCAGGGGUCGUUGUUGUUCAGCCAAGUCAUGCAAAAGAGGCCAUUUGUCAAUGGGAGGCAAACAAGGAAUCCACAAGAGAGCAUAAUAAAAAGCACCGUCUUCCACUGCGGGUGGCCAUGCUGGAGAUGUGGGCACAGGCAAGAGCAGUGCUACGGCACUGGCGUCAUGAGCGCCACUGUCGUUUGGUGCGUGGAGGACCUGCUGUGGAUAUUCGUAUUGUCAUUCUUUUUUUUGCCCCCUCCAACUGUGGCAGCGUAGACGAACUGUCCAUAUCAUCCAUUCGGCACCGAUCGGCCUUCUACCGCGUUCCCGUGUUUUCGGUGGUCACGCCAGAGCGGGUGAAAAAUUCUUGUGCGCUGUUGGAACUCUGCUUACUAACACAAGGACGAAUUCUCUGCUCCGCCGGGGAUGUGGCGGACUUUCAGUCCAACAUGCCCACUGAGGAGGCGUGUAAAAAUUUGAUCCGAACGACGCUGCAGACCAUCCGUGACAUCUCCCACAUGAAUUCUGCCCUUUUCCUUGUGGCUAAUCACAGUAGCGGACGCCCCGCAGAGUUGUUAAGAACCUCCAAGAUAUUUGGAGAAACAAUCACCGCACUCCUGCGUAGCGAUACGCCAAUCAGAACAAGAUCUGGCAGGUAUCUGUUGUUGGGUCCAAUUCAGAAGGAAACAGAGCUUCCUGUUUACAUCUCCCAUCAUUUAUAUGAAGACUUGGAUACGGCGAACACGGGAUUGCGCAUGAUGGUGUUUGCCUACGCCAUUGACAAGGGGGAAUACGAGGUGGUGCCAAUCAGAUCACUGGGAAGUCUCAAGGAAACCGCACCACCUGAACGUGUGUGGUGGGCACGUCUGCGCUUUGCCAUGGCUCUGUUGGAUGACAUGCAGGCACGAAGGAUGGCUUCUGACAUUCGGCCGAGGCACCUGUUUGAAUGUGACACAGAGUCUCGGUACGUGACGUAUUCCAUAGGCGAUAUACAUCUCGCAAGAAAAGGUGAACGGUGUGGACUUCUCCUAGCAAGCUGGAUACUCUCACAGUGCACGACAAGGUCUGCAGGGGGGCUUGAAGAUGCGAUGCCCUCUUCUAUUGCAUCGCCGAGUCCUGAUUUAAGCCAUGCACUCUUGCGGAGAGAAGAUGAAGGGUGGUGGGCAAUGCCACCGGCGGUACCUUUUUUUUUGCAUUGCAUCCCCCGGCCCUUCGUAAAUCUCUUAUGGACAAACUUCCCUGUUCAUGGGGCGUACGCAUCAAGUGUGGCGGCCAUUCUCUCCCGCACUUUUCCAUUUAAACCCAUUGAGCUGGAGGCCUCGUCCCUCUCUUCAUCCGCAACAUUGGCACUUGAAUCCCUCCGGUGCAACAACGCCGUUGUUCGUCUUGCCUCGGUAAAACAUGUCCCUGUGCUUGUGGAGGCCCAGGCACGCUACAUAGUACUCUUUAGAGUGGACCUAUCUACAGAGCGUAUGAAGAUGCGUCAACUUAUACCGGCUCAUUUGUCCGGUGAUCUUGUGAAGAGCAUAGCGCACGAGUUUAGGGAUCUGGGAUUUAGCGAAGUAUACUGUGUCGUCCAUCUCGCCCUACGUCGCGCGCCAUCUUUUUGGGUCUCUCAGGAUGAUGUGGUUGUGGCCGACGGGAUCGUCUUUUCCACACCAUUCGCCACUGUACGGAGUGUUAAGAUCAUUUCCGUCACUCACAAUAGUGUCGAGGUGGAGUGGAGUGGAUCAGCCAGCUCGGUGAAGCUCAUCUGCUGGCCGUUGCCAUGGAAUGGAUUACGAAACGUUAACACCUUGCCGCUUGUAUCUUCCAACGUCCAUGAACCUGUCAUUGUGGAGCAUGACUUUUCAUCACGAUGCGUCAUCACAGAACUACGGCCUUGCACUGUUUACGUUUUGGAGGUGAGACCGGUGGAGAGGGGCGAUGAUCGGUCCAUUGUAAAGGGAUUCUUGUGGUCAGAGGGUGUCGAAAUGUACUUUGCCACAUGUGUAGAGCACACGAAGGGAAGCCUGAAACUGGAUUCUGUCACACCAUCUGCCACAGGAUUUUCAUUGGCCUUCUCCUAUCCAAUCUUUACGCGGGUGGCGGUCCUGUCCUCGUCAAAAAUGUUGGAGCUGCGGAUUACGCCAACCAUAUCGACGACAGCCUCCCCUUAUGGAGAACAGUCGGUGCGAACUCAAAAGAAGGAUGAUGGAGUUGAAUGUGUUCUGGCGUCUUUUUCCAUCCAUGGCUCGGGCCCUAUUUUUGUGGAUGUUCUUUUUGAUGUAGAGAUUCGUCCAAUACGUCCGCAAGAAGGAGCCGACAGGAAGAGGGGAUGGUCUGCGUACUCGGUGUCGCCGCAGAGAGAAGAAGUGGGUCCUUUUGAGGUCGUGAGCGAAUUGUGGUGUGCAUCGAGAAGUCCCCGAGUGGCCGAAAUGGAGUGGCAAGGUGCCUCCAUUUCCUUCAAUGUGUACGUCAAAUCUUGCAGCAGCCUUGGGGAAGAUGUGUGCGUUUUCAAGAGGGUGGUAUCUGGAUUGGGCCCGCUGUGUCUUACGCUGGAUAACCUGGAACCCUGUACAAAGUACAUGGCGACAGUGAAGACCGCGAGUGGCACAGAAACUGUGAGCACAGAGUUCUUCACCCCACCAGAGCCCCCCUUGCGGGAUGCGGUGAUAGCCACAUCUAACAUGGCCUCUCUUCUUCUUCGUGUGCAGAUUCCAGAGAGUGACGUGGAUCAGAAGUUUACGUCCGUCACGAUACUGCCGCUGAAAGUGUUUUUGAGUAACUCAGAUGGAGCGAGCACUUCCACGGUCGCGAGUUAUUCAAAUGUGCCAGUUGGGCAGCCGAUUGUUUUGGGGCUUGUGGCCAACUGGAGACCUGGAUCGACAGACUCCAUACGUAGCGUUCCCAACUACCUGUUUGCUGUCACAGACGUGAGUUGCUCGACUAAUCCUGACGAAAGCGUAAUGCUUGCCUGGACAUGCGCCGCCAUGCAUCAUCACUCACCUCUCAAGAUAAAACUAAACGGUGAAUUAUUUGUGCCAGGCGCAAGAAAUGAAAUACGUGUUGUCAUGCUUCCACUGACGCCUGUUCGUAUUUCGUUUCACGGUCCUGCUAUUAUUCCAGAGGUUUCCUCCAUUUUUUUAUUACCUAGGCCUCCGUCUCUAAACCCCUCCAAUUGCAGUGUGAGUGCUGUGAUUGGGGGGGCAGUGGGGGUCCAUAUCUCAAGGACGCUUUGUGCAUCACUUCUUCGCCUUCUUAGGGAUGUAAAGGAGGUGGUACGAGUAUUUCUUUGCGUCAGCAUAAGCGAAACAAUGGAGAAGGAAGAGAUCGAGCUGCAUGUGGAUGAAAGUGGCAUGAACGGUGUGGUGGCACGGGUGUUAGUGAGCAAUUGUCCCAGAAAGAGAAGAAUGACAUUAUGCGUGAGGUUGCAGGAGAAUGACAAUUAUUGUUAUGAUAAUUUCUUGUUGAGCCAUAAGACGGAGGAGGCGGCGCUGUUGUCCCGUCCCAUAUCUCUUAUCCCGCAGGCUCUCUCUGAACCGUUUACGGUUUCUAUAGCUCCACCGGCGUGUAUACAGGGACUUCACGUCACAGCGUUGCGACCAACGUCCGUUACGCUUGCCUGGACCCUCCCAGGGAGGAGGGAUUUGGACACAGCAGAACACGACGACAUCUACUUCACAGUCCGAUGUGCGGCGGAGGAGCAUCAUGGGAGGGCAUUCGGACAAAAUCUGCGUCUUCCGGCCCAUUCUGUGAAUUUUGGGGGCCUCUCCCCCGCCACCCCAUAUAUUGUGACGUUUUCUGAAUAUGAGGACGAUAUAGACAAAGGUAUCCGUCUUGUGACGCCGCAUGAGCUUACAAAUGAUACUCUCAGUGAAAUGCUGCUUUCCGUGAAUGCAUCGUUAGCAUGGGGAGACAGGGAGGGCACGAUGACGGUGGAGUCGGGCAGCGGUCAUGCGGUUACGGAGGCUGUGGCGCUUCGCUUGACACUUCCCCCUGCAAAAUGCGUUUUUUGGACAAUUUUCUCUCAUUUGGCGUGGUUUGGAGAGGAGACGGUGGAUUGCGACCCUGCCUCUCCGUGUUUCUGUGUCUGCGCUUUCAUGCAAGUGGCAGCAGUUGCGGAGUCUGGGAGAUCUCUUCAUUUGUGGAGCCACACAGACGAGUCGCAGGCGCAGACCGCAUCUCACGUGUUUCCAAUUGGGCAAGGUGAAAUGGCUGCACCAUUACCACAUCUUGACGUGAAGUGGAGAACCAAUGUACGACAUGUGCCGCGACUUCAGGAAGAUUUUUCCAGCAGCCCCGCAGAAGCCGCAACGAAUACGAUAAUGUCCACGGCAAUAAACACGACGUCUAUGAACACGCCAUCUGAACAAAGAAUACUUGUCGAUGUUGUGGGCUGCCCAAAGCUUCAAUCCAUGGAUAAGGACCAUUGCACAGUGGAGUGGAAUGGAUCCUGCGCCUCGUACACGGUUCAUUGGCGUGUGGAUCCGACGGGUGCAAUUCAUACAGAAACGGUCGUGCGUGAGCCAGGGCGUCGCCCCCAGUUGACUGUUGACAUCCGUUCACUGCGAUUCACAGUCGUAUUGUUUUGUGUGCAGGGCGCAGUGGACGUCUCCAACUGUGCCCUUUUCACAGUACUGGUCCCGUUUAUUCUGACUGGGCCUCGGCUUUGUUCCCAGGACGAGGAGGAAAAGGAAGAAGAAGAAGAAAAUGCUCGGAAGCAAACCCACAGGGAUUUGUCUUCCGAUUUGGUGAAGGUGGAGUGGCAUAGGGACGUGGGGCCCAAUAUGCCACAUGAAAGAAAAGAAUCUGUGUGCUCAUUAAGUGUGAUUGAUCGUUCGAACAAUGUGUGGGUAAAAGGGUUUACGGAAAUGCUGGGAGACCGGUUCAGUGGGAAGUCACCCGAUCCCUUCUCCAUCACAUGGCUGAACCCGGUGGUGCAUCUCCGUUCUCAUUGA